CAAACCAAAAAUCCUCCACAUCCAAAUCUCGCCACCAAAAAAAUCCCCAAUUCCGCCGUCGUCUUCGUCGCCGUCGCCGCGAGGAUGUCUGGGCGCGGGAAGGGAGGGAAGGGCCUGGGCAAGGGAGGCGCGAAGCGCCACCGGAAGGUGCUCCGCGACAACAUCCAGGGGAUCACGAAGCCGGCGAUCCGGAGGCUGGCGAGGAGGGGCGGGGUGAAGCGCAUCUCGGGGCUCAUCUACGAGGAGACCCGCGGGGUGCUCAAGAUCUUCCUCGAGAACGUCAUCCGCGACGCCGUCACCUACACCGAGCACGCCCGCCGCAAGACCGUCACCGCCAUGGACGUCGUCUACGCGCUCAAGCGCCAGGGCCGCACCCUCUACGGCUUCGGCGGCUAGGCUCCCCCCAAAUAUUUCUCUCUCUUCGUGUCGAGGCGUCGCGUGUUGGUUGCCCUGUGUAGAUUGCUGAUUUCAAUGUAGUACUUAGAUUCUGGCAGUGAAGAACUGCAAGUAAACUUGUUUGAAAUUCACCUUGUUGCUAUUAAUCUAAUGCAAGUUUUUGCAAUUUUUUUUGGCGGUCAUU